UUUCAUCGUCACUUCACCCACAAGCUGUCAACUUCCCUACCAUGUCUUCCAACAGCGUUGAAGUACAUCCUGAAUACAAACAUUUCGCUUCCAUUCCGUGGUGUGCCAAAAUACUUGCGGCAUUUUCCUCCCCCCACCACGUCGUCCACGUCUCUCAGAACAGAACGGUCCUCCCCACAAGAGAGAACCAGUACGUGGGUGGAACACUCAACACCCCGGAAACCAUCACUGCUUGGCUGGUCUUGCACCCGCGGCCCCAAGAACCGGACUGGAAAGUGGACGAGUUGUGUUCACUCAUCACUUUCAACAAUGGCAUGACUGGGUUUCCAGGCACAGCGCAUGGCGGGGUCAUAGCUCUGGUCUUGGAUGAGGUCACAGGUAUACAUAUUGUCGCACAGAGGCCCAAAGGAGCUGAACCAAACAAAGACUUCAGAACGGGUUAUCUUAAUACAUCGUUCUACAAACCCGUUCCGACUCCCGGGACGGUGCUUGUGAGGUCUAGGGUUACCAAGGUAGAGGGUCGGAAGCACUACGUCACUGCCCAGAUAGAGGGCGAGCAUGGCGACGUGUUGGCAAAAGCGGAAGUGCUGUACAUUUCAAUUAAGAACAAACUUUGA